CUUGUUUCUUCCUGUCAAUUACCAAAUUCUGCUUAUUUGGCAGGUGUGGUGCUGGACCAUCAGCUGAUCUUAGUUCAUCUGAUGAUGCCCUUGAUGGUGUACUUGGUUUUGGAAAGGCAAAUUCAUCCUUGAUUUCACAGCUUGCAUCAGCGGGAAGGGUGAAAAAUAUGUUUGCCCAUUGUUUAGAUGGUGUAAAUGGUGGUGGAAUUUUUGCCAUAGGACAUGUUGUUCAACCAAAAGUUAACAUGACAGCUUUAGUACCAAACCAGUCGCAUUACAAUGUCAACAUGACAGCAAUUGAAGUCGGUCAUGUUAUGCUAAGUCUUCCUACGGAGGUAUUCACUGUUGGAGAUACAAAAGGGGCAAUAAUUGAUAGUGGUACAACCUUGGCUUAUUUCCCAGAAGUCGUAUAUCAGCAACUAGUAGUAAAGAUACUGUCCUGGCAACCUGAUUUGAAACUGCAAAUAGUUCACGAUGACUAUACGUGCUUUGACUACUCUGAUAGUGUUGAUGACGGGUUUCCCCCAGUCACUUUUCACUUUGGAAAUUCACUUAAUUUGACAGUUUAUCCACAUGAUUAUCUAUUUCCUUUUGAUGGGUUAAUGUGUGUUGGAUGGCAGAACAGUGGGGUACUCUCUGGUGAGAAGACGAAUAUUACGCUCCUAGGAGAUUUGGUACUGUCAAACAAGCUGGUCUUAUAUGAUCUGGAAAAUCAAACAAUUGGCUGGACCACAUACAAUUGUUCUUCCAGCAUUAAACUGAAGGAUGAAAUUACAGGGUCAGUGCAUCUGGUUGGUGCUCAUUCUAUACCAUCUUGCGCCUUCAGCCAAAGCGCACAAAAGGCUUUUAUCUUCUUGUUACUGAUGACUCUGCUGCAAGCUAUUUUCACUGGUUUGUGACUGCCAUGGUGAAUGUUAAGAUCAAGAAAUUGAUAUAGAAAAUAAUUGACUGUUAGAAAGUAUUCACAAGAGUAUAUAACAGAGUGGUGUGACUAUCAAGAUAGUGAUCCAAUUUGGCAUACAAAGGUUAGUUUUUAGUCUGUUCUAGUACCUUGGAAAUUUUGCAAUGAUAGUAGCAAAUUCUCUGAAAACAAAUUUUGUAAAUAGCUCCGUAUAUAUAGUGACCAUCUCUUAUAUUGCAAGAUAUCGGCAGCAUGUUCUAUGAUCA